AUGCGCUGCGAAAUCGAGGUUGGGGUUGACAGAACCAACGGCAGACUGGUGCGCCGGUUGAAAUUGGCUGCAGCGCACAGUACAGGGAAGGGAGGAAAUGCGGCAGAGCAGCAGGGAGAACAGCUAGCUGAUCGACUCUACAGCUUCCGUGCGCCGUUUGCAGCAUUUCAAAAUAUUUUGGUGGAAAUUCACUUGUCUCGACCCGUGCGUCGACGAGAGAGCAAAUGCGGCUUCGAUAAUUUCUACCUGCACAGAAGGCGGGCGCUGAUGUUUUCGUGCUUUUUCUGCAUCUGUUUUGUCCUCCAUUUCUGCCGUGCCCUCGCUUGUUGUUUUGGAUCCCGGGUGCGCACUCUUCGAGAGGGCAGGGGAAAAGCCCUCGAACAAUUUCCCUCGCUCUCCUCGCUUGUCAUCCUAUAUUGCCCUCUCGUUGUCCGCCGCAAUCGUAAUUUUGCUCUGCCGUUGCGCGGCUGCUGCUGCUGCUGCUGCCGCUGCUGA